GUGCACUGAAUCCUGCGGAACCUCGAGUUCUGGUAGCUGAAGCUUGGUCAUGGACUGGAAAGGGGUUGAGGCUCCGUUUCUUCAGGAGAGGAAACUGAAAGAAAAUCUACUAAACUCAGCGAAGAGGUGCAUUGGUGGAAAAUUGUGAUCAGUGUGCGGAUGAAGUCUCGUGUUGUAUCCAAGAUGGGCCCAACUUACCGAGCGACUGACAGCCCAGAUCGAAUAUGUGGAAAAGGUAAAAUGCGAAAUUAAUAGGCUGUGACGUCACAUAAUGGCCUCGUAUCAUCUUCAGUGCUUGCAGCAGAUGAACGCUGCUUCGUACCUGUGGGUAAAUGCCGUCUUCCGCUGAAUUAAUUAGUGACGUAUGCCUUUCUAUACUUCUGCAGUAUCAUAGCACCACAGAAAUAUGUCGUCCUUUCUGUGACGUUUGAUCUAACAGUGUUAUAAUAAGAAGACUAUAAAAUUCUCCAUCCUGAAAUGUUGAUACGGUCACAAAGAUAUUGGACUGUGGUUGUAGUGAGAAAUUAGUGCGUGUAUUUCCAUUAACCCGUCGUGCAUUGUCAUUAAAAAAUAUGGGCCCAUUAUUAGCUACUGUGUACUGAAUGAAGUCUGCUUACACUGUACAUAGGUGUCUUUUGAUUAUAAUUCAAAAAUUAAAGGCAGGAGCCAUAGUAUAUUCGAGCACAGUGUGUAUAGUAAAUACGCGAACUUUUCAAACCAGACCGUGAAAGAGUGGAUAUAAACACAUUACAAGAAUAACGGUAUGUCGUUGUGACUUGAAUAAUUACUUAGGUUAAAUAAGUCAUCCGUUUGUUUUUUUUGGGUGUAAAUUUGUGGAACUCAUUUCGUAUUGCGUAGGUUAGGUACAAAGGGUAACACCAAAUCGAUAAAUAUACUUGUCGAUGCUGUAUGUUUUCGUUGUAAUGAGUACGUUUUAUCAGUAGUGUUUAACCCAUAUAUUCAAGGGUGACCGAGGAUUAACACCAACCACCAGUGUAGGAGAAUCACGUAAUAACAUUCAACACUGAGCCAGCAUUUUUGAAGUAUUACAGGAAGUGUCAGGCUAGAAUGGAAUCGUUUCCCAUAUCAAGUCAUAAUGACUGGACUUCUAGGACGUUACGUAUGUUUCGUUAACUUUUUGAGACUUGUGUACGGGUGAAAGGUGUUGUAAUUAGGUUUUAUGAUCAGUGGUGUUUUGUUGAAAUGCGUGUACCGCCCCAGCGAUCUUCUCGCAGUAACACUGCAACAUCAGCCACUUCCGGUGGUAAAAGGUUAUCAACAUCCAUAUCAGUUUCCGGUAAUCCUGCAUUGUCCGUCAAGAAGCGGAAGUUGCAGUCUGAGACACCUUCAGGAAACAAAACUUCGUUUAAAACUACUUCUGUUGGUGAUGCUUCAACAUCUGACCAACAUUCCAAAAGAAAACAACCACUGCCACAAAUUAAAAAAACGUUGCAUCAUUUUAAGAAACGUGAUGCUGCAUUACUUACAAAAUCAUUGAAAUCCAAUAUCACUGCAAAGAAACCGCAUUCCAAUAAAAGUAGCAAUGUGCCGUUGGUGGGUUUGAAGAAAAUAAAGUUUAAAGAAGGUAGGCUCACUAUCAAGAAAAUAUUGGUGACUUCUUCAGAAUCUAAACCGCAAAAGAAGCUGGCGAAACCUGCUACUAAAACUGCACCUACAAAGAAACAAACAAAUAAUAGCAACAAGAAAGUGAUUUCUGCUGUCGAAUCUUUGUCGGUACCGCCCGUCGCUGAAGACCAAGCUCCUGGUGGUAGCAACUGUGGGAAGUACUCCAGCGAGACAGAAGAUAAGCUGUCUGCUUUACAGAAGAAGACUCAGUAUAGAAACCAGCCUUCAUCCAAACAAGUCACCAAGAAGGCCAAGACUGUUAUUGGGAAAAGUAAGAGCUCUGCCUUAAUUUCUGCCCCUGUUCCUUUUACGCGGACCAAGAAACUCGAGCAGAAACAAAAAGUAAAAACUGUUAAGAAAAUCUGUCUGAAAACGUAUCCGGUAACAAGACACGUUAUGGUUAUGCACGUUGAACAGGAAGCUACAGCAGGAGGAAAGAAGAAGGUCCCGACUAGGAGGAAACAGAUAACUGGCGAAGACACCGGAGGUAACGAUACAUCAAGUCAUGUGACUAGUAAGACAAGCGGUUCACCAACAUGUGACAGGCAACUAAGUGGUGGUGCCGGCGACAAUUUGGAGUCGAGUAAUCACGUAACGUCGCAGGCGCCAGAGAAGAUUGUCAGUAAAGGAAGCGCAAAGAAGGCCAAAGAUGAGGAAAGUGCAAUAAAGGAGACCGAUAAGAAGAAGGUAGCAAAAAAGAAACCAAAGACGGAAAGCGCAGGAAAAGGAAAUGGGACAGGGAUUGAAGAUAAAGUCGGUGUUAUUAUAUCUGUACCUACCAAAGACAAGAGUGAAGUGUCAGUUCCAAAGAAAGAAGGUAAGAUUGGAAAUAAAGAUGAUUCCACGUCUAAAGUUAAGUGCGUGAAGAAGAAGAAGAAGAAGCCAAAACCUACAGACGCGUUACUUUCAAAGGGAAAACCCACAAAAAAGUCACCAGUAUUAAAAAACCCUAAAGUUAUAUCUACGAAGGCAAAUAAAAUUAAAAUGCCGAAAAUUACGUCCAACACAAAAGUUGUUAAGAAACAACAACAGUCAAAGAAGAAGGAACCCAGACCCGCCGUGAAAAAUGUCGUAACGAAGAUCCAAUUUUCAGCGGACUGUCCCGUGGAUGCUAGACAAGAAGAGGAAGUGAAGCAGCAGGACGAUGAUGAUGAUUCGUCCACGUCGGACGAGAUUACCUUAGAUGUGCUGUUUCUACGCCAACAGCAGAUGAAGCAGGAGAAGGUUAUGAGCGAUGAACUUCCCUUUGGUCAGCGGUAUCAGUGUGAAGGAAUAAGCGGCCCGUCUUCCCUCAUUGACACCAGUAAGCAGGUAACUGCUCAAAAUGUUGAAAUCAAACCUUCACUGCCAAUGUUAGCCUCUGUUAAGGUUGAAGAACCCGUUCCCAACCUUCCUGUUGAUACUUUGUCACCUUCGACCAUUAACACUUCGGAUGAUGAAGAUUUGAAAAGUAUAAAGAAUCGCAUUAAGAUUAAGCUAGAAGAAGAUAAUACUGAGAUUGGUAGAGAGAAAUUGUCUGCUCAGUCUGAAAAGAACACAAAGAAAAAAAUGAUAACAGCAAAGUUAAGGAGUGACGACAGUUUUACAAAUCGAGGGAAAAGUGAGGAUGUGAAUAUAAAGAAAGAGGCAAAGGAUGAAACAGAAAAUAAGAAAAGUGAUUCCGACGUUAAAGUUACAAGUGAUAACCGCGGCAAGGAGAGGGUUAAGAAGCUGCUCAGCGUUAAGCGUUCGAGGGUCGAUGGCGGAAAGAAUGGAGGUAGUGGGAGUGAUACUGAGCAGCGGGCCCGGCGGAUGAAGCUGUUUGGUUUCUGGAGCGGCCCGAAACGCCAUCGCGUGGCGUCGUUAAAUGCACUGGCCAAGGUGCAUUGUCUCUAUGAGAACGAAAGUCGAGGUGCUUUGCUUGGUAUCUGCGGUACCAAUGGAGGAAGUAGCCGACGUACUUCGAAACCACCCCCAUCACCAGAAAACGACACCGUCAUCCCUACGAGAACUCUGCGUUCAGCGCCUGGACUGCGAGGGAUGGGUAAACACUGGGACAUGCACAACGCGUCUUCGACAUCUUCGUCUUCGCCAUCGUCUGAUGACAACGAAAGUAAUAGCAGUUCUUAUAUAGCACGCCAUGCCGCUCCGCCUGUAUCUUCAAAACAGAAACGUCGACAGCCGAAAAUGGCGACGUCUACUGCAGCCUGUAGCAUUAAGAAGAAAUCAAAACAGAUCAAGAACAUGAAAAACGUUGUUAAACGACGAAGGAAUAGGUGCGAGCUUAUGAUGGAUCUUAAAGACAUGGUCGUUAGGAAGAGGAUGGCAAGUCUAAACGCGUCAGCUAUCCUGGCUGCUAGCUAUUCGGUGGAAAAACGCGCCGUGAAGAGUGUUAAAGAAGAUUGUGGGACGGCCGUGGGCGCAGAUUCCAGCGUCAACAGCGUCCAUCAAGUAAAGAAGAAAACAAAGAAACGCUUGGUGACGAAGAAGAUUGUGGAAGUUGAGGAUGACAGCAGUAGUAUCAGUAGCGAAAUAGAGAUUGAAGAAUGCGAUGUGGGUGGCAGAGGCAGUACCAGAAGUGUCAUAGAGGUCAGAACUACGCCCAGCGGAGGUCCGAACAGUAACAAGAAAGUAGCUGUUAUUGUUAACCAGGACACUGACGUGACCAUUACUGGAGUUUACGUCAACAGCACCACAAGAUCCACCCACCACGAAGGGUAUCGCAUCUCGUCCACCAGUCAUACCCAGACGGAGGCCACCGCCGUGGCCACGGAAACGGUGCUUCACUCUUCAGCCGCUACAGAACACCCUCCGUCUCAGCACCACCCUGCAGAACCACCGUUAGCGCCACCGAUGAAAUCGUACACGCCACUUGGAGCGCUGUCCAACAUGCAGCCUCCUGGUGCUGCCGUAGUGGGCGGUCCACCGCCUCCGCAUCACCACCACCAUCCACACGCACAUCCGCACGCACAUGCUCCGCCAUGUAAUGUGCCACCCCAGCAACCGCCCCCGCACCGUGGAGGUCCCAUCAAUCCUGGGGUUGGCCCGGUGCACCCACCUAUUUCACCUCUUGGCCGUCGACAUGGAUGCAGCAGCGCUUUCUCCGCUCCGCCUCCACCGCCCACGGCUGCUUACGGACCACCGCCACAGCAUCCACAGCCACCUCAUCACCACCAUCCACUCCCUCCCCAAGGCCAACAAGAUCCGACAUACAUUCACGGAGAAUGUUCCCAACGUAGGAGCGGGUGGUGCAUUCAUCGUACAGGCGGUGGUUAUUAUCAGCCAGCAGGCCCACUGAUCUCGACUCACCAUCACCAUCACAGUUCCAGCAGCAGCAUUAGCAGCAAAGUUCCACCAGCAGUGCUGCCCACUCUUGAAGCAUCACCCAAUCCAACACCACCACCAUCAGCAGUAGGUCACAGUGGACCAGGAUCAGUGCAGCCAACAACCACAACUGCAAUAGUACCACCAACACCUCAGCAGCUUGUCUCAGCGGCAUCUACUAGAGGCGGCGGGGGCGGCGCUCGAAGUGGCGGUGACGAGUCGGACAGCGACGUGAUCAUUACGGCAACAUCAUGCUCUGGGGGUGGGGAAGUAGCUCCUCCACCUCCAGUACCCCAGCCCUUACCACUACAGCAGCAUCCGCAUCAGGCCGGCUAUCGAUACGCUCAGUCUUACCCCCCACCUCCCACACCAUCGACACCCCAGCAUAUUCACCAUCAGUCCUACACCUACAACUACCCUCAUACUCAGUACUACCCCUCUCCCCCUGCUUCGGCUAGCAUUCAGUACUCGGCAGUCGCCACGAAUCCUCCGUCCCUUCAACAGCAUCAUACACAUUAUCAUAAUCAAGAUCUCUGUUACUCAACUACGGCCAACUAUCCUCCUGCACCGUACUUUCACCACAAAUCUUACUCGACACCACCCCCUUCAGCCUAUCACAGGCGUUACAUUCCUCCACCUCACCAGUAUUACACCUCAGAUCUCUACUCGAGCCCAGUGUCGAACGUGAGUCAGCAGAAUUCCGGCCAGAGUCAGCAGAGCCAACAGAUGGUUGUGACCGGUUCCUCAGCAGGCUCCGCAAGCAGUUACCAGCCCCCAGGAGCACCUCCUCCACCACCUCUAGUUGGGGUGUCAAGCAAUCCUCCUCCGCCAUUGGUGGAUACAUAUCCGCCGCCUGUGUCAAUUGUUGACCCCUAUCCUCCGCCACCACCGCCUGGAUACUACACUGGGUACAGCGCAGGUCCUGGAGCAGCAGGUUGUUACACUCACUCCCCACCCACUCGGAGUCUCUUCAUUGGUUCUUUUGCAGAUGCAGCAUACCAGAGUUGCCCCUGUCCUAUGCAGUCGUGUCCAAAAAACGUCCAUACUGGGCCUCUUACUGGUGAUGGUAAGGGGCCACACAUCACUACAAAGCAACAACAGCAGCCUGUUCAAGAGUCUGGAGCUUCUUUUCAUCAGCUCCCUCUUCCACCUGUGGCACUAGCUCUGCCACUUGAGCCUCCCGGAGCCUUGGGACCGCCUAGCCCAGCUCGUGGAAGCGCCGGUAUGCCUCCACCUCCAUCGCCGGCCACCGCUUCUGCUCGAAAUCCUAGCCACACUCAAGAGGAAGCUGCUCUCCAGCAAAGAGGAUGGGUCACAGAUGCCGGAGGUACCGAGCCGCAAUCUAAGUUGGAGACAAGAAAGCAGGAGCCAACAGGUCAGGACUGUGUGGGAGAGACAAAGUUGAAUUCUACUGUGGAGGUUAUACAAGAUCUGCACAGUAUGCCAGAUCAGGAUUUUGGCAGUGGUGCAACGUCUAUAUCGAGUGACGAGGACGUAUGUAAAACAGACAUUUCAAGACAUCGGCUGUUAGCGAUAAGCAAGAUCGUGGCAAACCCAGAUGUGCUUGCGUGUAGGGCGAAAGCUAAGAAGAAUUCACCACCAGCUGUGAAUGGUGUACCUUUACUGAUGUGUAAUCUUGAGAUUCAGAAAAAAGGACAGAACUCGGCAGAAGUGGUGUUGACAAAACCAGAAAAUAUGAUGAGUGUGGAGCCAAAAAUGGUGAAUCAUAUUAUGAAGACAGAAGUGAGAAACUUAGAUAUAGAAGUGUUUGUAGAAAAUGACAACUGUCCAGGACUGACCCAGAAUGGAAAUAAAGCCAUAUUUAGAGAUGGUUCAUCACGGAAGCGGAGUAUUCAGCCUGUAGACAGUGACGCUGAAGUAUCAGUGCCAAAAAGAUGCAAGCUCUCCGUUUCAAAUGCUGACAACAGUAGACUGUCAGUUUCAAAUCAAGAAUCCCAAAAGACUAAUGGAGCAGGUGAACCACAGGACCAAAUGAAUGGCGUUCCUCUUGAAUGUCAGACCAAGUGCAGGAACAGACAAAAGUCCCAACCUCUUCAUUCUAACAUCUGCAGUUUGCACAGUACGAAACACAAUGCACGAAAACGGAAACACGAUGAUGCUAAAAAUCUGACAGAAAAUAAGGAGCCUCCGGCAAAGAAGAAAGGAGAAACCAAAGUUCAGAGGUUACAGACAAAGAUAUAUCCAUCUCGUGCAAAACAGGUUAAGAAAAUAACAACAGAAUGUGAAGCUCCAAAGAGAAUCGACGAUGUACCGGACAGUGUUGUGACAAAAAGUCGAACAAUCUUGGAACCCUUGGUGACCACGAGAAGGAACAAUAGUUCAAAUGUUGCUCCAGUGAGUAAGAAGACAUCAGGGAGUAAAAGUGUAGAGCGCAAGAAGUCAGAAAACAAGAUCAACGGCGCACUCUCUCAUCAGAAGAAACCAUUCUUGAGACAUCAGGCUGGCAAACAGCAACUCGAGUCUUCUAACUGUUUGCGCGGCGAUGUUUCAAAGGUUCAUAUUCACACACAUGGGAAGAAAGCUCACCAACGUAAGAAGUCGGAACACAUUUCUCUGUCUUUAGAGGAAACGUACACUAGUGAGAAAACAGUAAGAGUUGGCCAUAUGUUACGUAGCCGUGGUUUGCGCGACUCGUUGUCUGAUCAGUCAUCAAGUGAUACUGAGACUAUUGCUUCUAGAGGAAAGGUGUCUAGUUGUUCCUCAUUCCAGAACCCUUCACCCAUUACUGCUGUUAGGAGAACAUCCACUGGAAGCAGGAAGGAUCAGUCAAAGAAAUCUGCAUCCCUAGUUGUCCGAAACGAUGAUAUAUCGACGAUUAAAAAGCAGACACAACAGCCGCAGCAGGACACAACGGUUGCUGUUAUGACUGCUCUUUCUAGGAAGGUUGUUCCAAAGAAGUUGCUGCAGUCACCCAAGUGGUCCAAUGGCUGGAAAUUUGAAGGGGAUCCAUUUGAAAGUAAAGUAUUUGUUUCGAGCGAUGAUGAGUUGAAGCUACGGAAAUGCUACCCUCUGAUGCGACAUAAUGAGGGAGACGUGAUCCGUCCUCGUGACUGCAUCUUGCUGAAGUCAGGACCCCGAAAGACAGACCUGCCUUUUGUUGCAAAGGUUGCUUCUCUCUGGGAGAAUCCUGAUGAUGGAGAAAUGAUGGUGUCCUUGCUGUGGUACUAUCGUCCAGAACACACGGACCACGGUCGCAAGCCCGAUGAUAUGGAAGAUGAGAUUUUUGCUUCAAAGCAUAAAGACAUCAAUAGUGUUGCGUGCAUCGAGGACAAAUGCUACGUUCUUACAUUCAAUGAGUAUUGCAGGUAUCGUAAAUGUGUGCGUCGCGUGGAGGAAGGUGUGAAGGAACCUGGACUGGUAGUGCCACAACAUGACGAGUAUCCCCGAGAAAACAGACAGCCACCUGGAUGUGUUGCCCCUGAGCUGGUGUUCUUCUGCCGCCGUGUCUAUGAUUUCCGACAGCGCCGUAUCCUGAAAAAUCCUGGCUGAGAUUGAGUGGGAUACCUGGAGUAGAGCCAGUGCAUGUUUUCAGUACAUGCAGAAGUCAUGUGUCAGUUUUGGCACGUGCCAAGUGAUAUAGUAGUUGACAUCUGGGUCUUGGCAGGUGGUAGUGCUUUUAGAAAUGUCAAACUUCUACACUCUGCUUCAUAAUAAAUUCUAAUUUUUAAUGUGAAUAUAUAUUUCAGAAAUAAGUCUUUAUAAAAUGUUUCCAGCAGGAGCAGAGGUGGGGUUUCAUGUUUAAGAAUUACUAAACUUUACCAGGUGGGAGCGAGAAUGUUUGCUUCUUAUGGACGGUAACAGGCCCACAUACUAAGCGAGAGGUAGUACAGCCGAGAGCGAAAUCCAGGUUUUUACCUGACUCCAAUCAUCACUGUGUGAAAGGUGAUGUGAUCAACUUUAAUUGUUUUUAACUUUUUUUAGUUCUUCAAUAUCAUUACAGGGCUGAUUAGGAAAUGUGAUAAGCAAUUUAAUUAGAUUUAUAUUAACAGUCCUGCAUUCUUAUGUCUGCUUAUUAGUUGUCACAUUUUUUCCUUCAUUCUGUCUCCCUGAAAAGAGACUUCAUGCUAGUGGAAUGGUCACAAUCUAUAGAACUCAUAUUGCAGACUGACGUAAUGGCGGCGACUACAUGUGAGUCAAAAUAGAAAAUAAAUGUGCAUUUCUGUAGGCGUCAAGGACAUGAUGGACUUCAGAUGUCCGUAAAAUAUAUAUGUAUGUAUAUAUAUCAUCAAAGCCUUAAUGAAACAAAAUGAUGUAACGAGCAGACCAACUUUGUUGAAACUGUAAAUGGAAAAUUUAGGGACAACAAAGGGUAUCAUAAUGUAACAUUUUGUGAAAGUCUUCUAAAAGGAAUAGUGUGAUAAACAUUUUUGUGUUAACAGAAAUGCUUAUCAUCCUAGCAUUUGUACCAUAACAUGUAAAGAGAAUAGAUAUUACAUUAUUAUUAUUAUUAUUAUUAUUAUAUUAUUAUUAUUAUUAUUAACAUAGAGUCAGAAUAUAUAUAAUAUAUUUAAUUUAAAAAGUAAAAUUAAAUAUUUAUAAAAAUGGAACAAAAAAUGGUUUGUGUGGUCACUCAGGUAGGAUUUUUUUUUCAAAUGCUAUUUUAUAAAAAAAUCUUUUUUUGUUUAGAUACAAUUCUUAGAUAAUGCUUAGUGUGAGACAUACAGAACCAAGUUACACGGCUUUCCCAUUUCUUUGGAUUAGGCGUAACCUAGCUCAUGAUCGCACAAUUGCUUGGUUAGUUGUUCCUUUUAAGGUUCUCCUUCCUGUAGUCUCUGGGGAGUAGGAUCAGCGGAUCCUUUGUUCCCCAUUUCUGGUGCUAAAUUAUGACAAUUCGGUUACUCAUUCCACGAAUGAGUAAUAGAAGCCAGAGUAUUGAACUAGGAUCUAAAGGCACGUGGGUUCAGUAGCGCUUACUGAUGUCCCUGGUUCAUAUCAACAUAAGGGCAAGGAUAUUUUAUGAGGGAUUAUAUUUACUAUGAAACUAUAAUUCCCAUCCAGCGCUGUACCCUCUGUAGGGGGAAAGCUUCGUGGGGUUCUUAAGAUGAGUAUGUGGUUUAUUUAUUUUGUUUCUUUCUCAUGUUUUAAAUCUAAUAAUCUCUCGAAUUUUGAUAACUGUGGAAAAUAGCAUAGGAUGAAACUGUGAUUAUACAAUAUAAAAAUGUAGACCAAAAUCGUUUAAAGGGUCUUCCAGGCUACACUGUAAAUCAUGUUCAUUGUAGCCCUGCACCAAGUAAGUUUACAGUUGCUUAUAUCCCAAAUAUCAGAUUAUGUGAAUUUGUGACACCUGCAAUAAUACGGCCACAACCAAAGAAAAUUAAAAAUAAAUUAUGGCACUAUUUGGAAGCUGAAGUUACAUUUAACGUGAUGGUAACGAGGUCACACCUUUAUAGUUUUUAUCCUUCUGCUAGGUAUCAGUUACAUUUUAUAAGAUUCUAGCUCUUUAUUUACACUCUGUGAAACUUCAAAUUGCUUGCUUGUAAACACUUGGUUUGUUUUGUUGCAGCCCUAUUAUUUUGGGUGUACUAGUACAAUAUUUGAUUUGUUUUGUCGACGGAAUUGUAAAUACAUGCGGUAACUUUGAUUGAAUUGACUAGUACAAACUAAUUAUGAUAGACGGACCCGAGAAAAUUUAUUUGCGCAAUUAGUAAAGUAUUAAUAGGAGGGACUGUAAUUUUGGCAUACAACAAAUUUUUAUUUGUUUUGUGAUUUGGUGUCAUGGGGAGUUACUUUUCUGCAGGUUAUACAAGGACCUUGUUGGUUGAAGAGAAGUAUUUUAAACAAAGGAGAAGUAAUGAAAUUGUGGGAAUAACUUUUGUCAAAGUCACAGAUAAUGUGAAAUGAAAUACUUGGGUAUAUUGUAUGUUACUGAAAGAAAUUACCUGAAUAUAAAUGUGGAGAUUUUUAACAGGCAGUACAAUAAUUAUGUGAAUUCAGUGCUGUAUAACUGGUUUCAAAUUUUUCAGUUCAUUAUAUACUUUCUUAAUAGAGUGAAAGAAUGGAAUUAGUACAAACUUUAAGUGGAUGAUGUCACAGAAGCAAUAUUGUUAAGUUAAAAUGAUGUAAUAUUUUAUUUUUGAUGAAAGCAUUUUGGAUUUCAUUCAUAAUUUAAUGCAUGUCCAUACAAAUCUUUCAAAUUUAAAGGAAAGUUCUUUGAUGCUGUUGUAAAAGAUUAUGAACGAGUUGUGAAAAUCAAACACAGAAUAAUUACUAUAAUAUUGAUACUUCUGCAAUGAAAACAUGUAAUAGCUUUUGUGAUGAUUUUGUUGUUCAUGUUUAGCUUGAAGUUGGCAUGAACAGAAGGUUGCUUUGUCACUUCUGUUACGUCUGGAGUGAAUUAUACAUUUAAAUUAUUUUAUACUAAAUCAUAAUUAAGGAAAGUUCAGAAUUAACAUGAAGAUAUGUAUUAAGGGAAAAAUAAUAGUACUCUUAGUGAAAAUUCUUGUGUUCACGGUAUCUGUUGGCGAUGUCCGUUUAAUCAUGUUAUACGUACACACCGUGCUGUGAAUGAACUACACAAACUCCUUUGUAUUUGUACAAAAUUUGGGAGGGGGGGUUUUCUUUUUUUCUUAAUGUAAGUUGAGUGUCCAAAAGUUUGAUAAAAUAUAAUUUUUCUCCUCUGAUGUUGGAAAGUAAAAUGGUGGGGCCAAAUGGAGGGGGAUACGAUUCAAAGUCGGUAGGAAAUUUGAACAGUUUGAGUCACAUUAGUGUAUUCCUUCACUAUCCAAAUAAAUUUAACAGGAAGCCAGUGAUUAGUUGCAUAAUUUCAUAUUAAUAUAUAAUCAGAUGUUUAUCUUAUUUUAGUAGCAGCUUCCAUAAAAUUUGUAUUGUGCUUCCAUUGGACACAUCAAUCAAACCUUGUAUAAAUUUAAAUUUGUGUGUAGGAUAUAGCAGAUUCACCAAGUUUAAAAAUCAAAGUGUAAGUUGUAAUUCAUAUUUUAUGCAGAUUUCAUAGUUGGCAGACGUGUUUGGUUUCUGAGUGUGUGGUAUGAAUAUUCUAUUCUUUACAACAUUUUAAUGAAUUUUUGUUGAUAUAGUUGUUACCUUUAAUGUGUUUCAAAUGAGUUUUGGGGAUGAUGGAUAAGAAGCCUUAUAUCCAAACCAUGGGGCAUACAGUGCCUUAUCCCAAGCAGGGAUGAUUAGGAAAUGACAACAUAAAAUAUGUCUCGCCUAGGGUAUAAGUCUAGGUACUGGCAGAUACAGACCGUAAUACUAUGCUUAUGAUUAUUAUUGCUAUGUAAUUGGUAAUUUAGCACCAGCAAAAUGGGACAUAAAAAUUCUAACUGUUGAUUUUGUUAUACAUGCUGUGGAGGUUCGACUUUGCUAUGUUGCUGCUUCGUGGUGAGAGAAGUGUUGAGAGAACUUGUGAAAUAAUAUUGGUGCAGUAUUGCUAUAUAUAUUUUUAUUACCAGUUGUGGCCAUGUGUUGUCUAUCAAGUCUGUUUUUCUCCUUCAUUGUACUCAUUUUAUUGUUUGUGUGUUAACUAUUAUCAUUGAUAUCAUCCUCACUUGCUUAUUCAUUCACGCGCAGAAUGUAGAUCGUAUUCUAGUUGAGUCAUUAUUAGAAUAUUAGAUUUAAAUGCCUUCUGUAGGUGCCUUUGCAUGCCAGCAGUAUGAAAACAAAAGCACUCCAAGGGGAAAAAAAGUUCAUUGUAAAGGAGUUACAUAUGACAGUUCGUUACUUUUUUGUUUCUCCCUCCCAUGUCUGUUUUUCAUCUCUUAUGAGAAUAAAUGUGUGAUAUGUCUCUUACAA